ACUCCUUUAUAAUCGUGUUCAUCUCGAGAGGAGUAUAAGUAGGAGUACACCGUUGUAUUUAUAUUGUCCGAUAUCCUCUCUCUCUCUCUCUCGCUCUCUCCCCUCUCAAAAACCCUAAAUUUUGAGAGAGAGAAAUUCAAACACAGUCUCUUGCAGUGGGUUGAUAAUGACGUCGCUUAGCAGAGAGCUUGUGUUUCUUAUACUGCAAUUUCUCGAUGAAGAGAAAUACAAAGAUGCUGCUCACAGAUUGGAGCAAGAAUCAGGAUUUUACUUCAACAUGCGGCAUUUCGAGGAAAUGGUGACAAAUGGGGAGUGGGAUGAGGUGGAAAAGUAUUUGUCUGGAUUUACCAAAGUUGAUGAUAACAGAUAUUCCAUGAAAAUCUUCUUUGAGAUUAGAAAGCAGAAAUACUUGGAAGCCCUGGAUAAGAAGGAUCGUGCUGUAGCUGUUGACAUUUUAGUGAAGGACUUGAGAGUGUUUUCAGCAUUCAAUGAAGAUCUGUUUAAGGAAAUAACCCAGCUUUUGACUUUGGAGAAUUUCAGAGAUAAUGAUCAACUGUCUAAAUAUGGAGACACAAAGUCUGCAAGGGGUGUAAUGCUAGUUGAACUCAAAAAGUUAAUUGAAGCCAACCCUUUAUUUCGUGAUAAAUUGAAUUUUCCCAGUUUAAAAAAUGCCAGAUUGCGGACUUUAAUAAAUCAAAGUUUAAACUGGCAGCACCAGCUUUGUAAAAAUCCCAAGGCUAAUCCUGACAUUAAGACCCUAUUUAUUGACCAUUCAUGUGGACAGUCGCAAACAAAUGCAAGGGCGGUGUCCCCCGUGACAAAUGCAUUGAUGGGUGGACUACUAAGACCAGCUGGAUUUGCACCUUUGGGCGCUCAUGGGCCAUUUCAGCCAGCCCAAGGUCCUCUGCCAACAGCUCUUGCUGGGUGGAUGCAGACUCCAGCUCCAGUAGCCCAUCCAUCUGCUUCAGCUGGUCUCGUCAGUUUCAAUUCAUCUAACAAUGCAGCUUUGUUGAAGCGGCCAAGGACUCCUAUAAACAACCCAGCCAUUGAUUAUCAGACUGCUGAUUCUGAACAUGUGUUGAAGAGACCAAGGCCUUUCGGAAUAUCCGACGAUGUUAACAAUCCAACUGCUAAUAUAUUAUCUGCUGGGUCCACAAAUCAAAAUCCUGGUCAGAGUUCAUUCUCCAUUGAUGAUCUCCCCAAAGCUGUUGUUAUGACUCUGAGUCAGGGUUCUGCAGUCAAGAGUCUGGAUUUCCAUCCAGUCCAACAGAAUCUACUUCUUGUUGGAACCACCACGGGAGUGGUCAUGGUGUGGGAACUAGGAACGCGUGAAAAGCUUGUUCAAAGAAAUUUUAAGGUUUGGGAUCUUAAGUCAUGUUCAAUGCCAUUGCAGGCAUCUAUUGCAAGUGACUAUAAUGCAUCAGUUAACCGUGUCAUUUGGAGCCCUGACGGAAAUUCUUUUGGUGUUGCAUAUUCCAAGCACAUUGUGCAUUAUUAUGCUUACCAUGGCAGUGAUAGUCUGCAAGAUAAGUUAGAGAUCGAGGCUCAUGAUGGUAGUGUAAAUGAUAUUGCCUUCAGUUUUCCAAAUAAACGUUGCAUUAUCACUUGUGGAGAGGACCGACUGAUUAAGGUGUGGGAUGCAAACACUGGGGCCAAGCAAUUUACCUUUGAGGGUCAUGAAGCUCCAGUAUAUUCUGUCUGCCCACAUCAGAAGGAAAGCAUUCCAUUCAUAUUUUCAACGGCAACUGACGGAAAGAUAAAGGCAUGGUUGUAUGAUAACCUAGGUUCAAGGGUUGACUAUGAUGCACCAGGUCAUUCGUCCACUGCUUUGGCCUACAGUGUUGAUGGAACAAGGUUGUUCUCAUGUGGCACUACUAAAGAAGGAGACUCAUACAUUGUAGAAUGGAAUGAAAGUGAAGGAGCUGUUAAGCGCACAUAUAGUGGGCUUGGAAAGCAAUCUGUAGGGGUUGUCCAAUUUGAUACUAUCAAAAAUCGAUUUUUGGCUGCUGGUGAUGACCAUAUGGUAAAAUUUUGGGAUGUGGAUAAUGUUAAUCUGUUGACGACCACUGAUGCAGGUGGUGGAUUGCAAGCUUCUCCAUGUAUCCGAAUUAACAAAGAAGGGAUCUUGCUGGCUGUUUCUACAAACGAUAAUGGCUUAAAAAUUCUAGCAAAUGCAGAUGGUAUAAGGCUACUGCGAACAGUUGAAAGUCGUUCUUUUGAUGCUUCUAGGAUUGCCUCAGCAGCUAUCGUGAAGAAUGGCGACAGUCGCAAUUUGUCGGACCUAAAACCCAGAAUAACAGAUGAGUUCGUUGACAAAUCUAGAGCUUGGAAGGUGGCAGAAAUAAAUGAACCAUUACAGUGUCGUUCUGUGAGGCUACCAGAUAACGUAUCAGCAAUGAGGGUUUCAAGGUUGAUAUACACAAACUCCGGAUGUGCUAUAUUGGCACUAGCAGCUAAUGCAGUACACAAGCUCUGGAAGUGGCAAAAAAAUGAGCAGAACGCGUCCGGGAAGGCAACUGCUAGUAUUACACCUCAACUGUGGCAACCAGUGAGUGGAAUAUUGAUGGCCAACGAUAUUAGCGACAGAAAUCCCGAGGAUGCAGUUUCAUGCUUUGCACUGUCAAAGAAUGAUUCUUAUGUCAUGUCAGCUUCUGGAGGGAAAAUCUCUCUAUUUAACAUGACUACUUUCAAGACAAUGACAACAUUCAUGCCACCUCCACCUGCAGCAUCGUUUCUUGCAUUUCAUCCGCAAGACAACAACAUUAUAGCCAUAGGCAUGGAGGACUCUUCUAUCCAAAUAUACAAUGUUCGGGUGGAUGAGGUCAAAACAACGCUAAAAGGUCAUCAUAAAAGAAUAACAGGCCUUGCAUUUUCUGAUGUUCUUAAUGUGCUCGUCUCUUCAGGAGCUGAUUCUCAACUAUGCACUUGGAGCACUGAUGGAUGGGAUAAGCAAACAACUAGACAAUUGCAAAUUCCAGCAGGUCGGGCUGCAGCUCCUUUUGCUGACACCCGUGUUCAAUUUCAUCGAGAUCAGACCCAUCUGAUAGCAGUCCAUGAAACACAGAUAGCAAUUUAUGAAGCACCUAAACUUGAAUGCCUCAAACAGUGGCUCCCGCGAGAAGCAAGUGGUCCAAUCACACAUGCUACAUAUUCUUGUGAUAGCCAGUCUAUAUAUGUGAGUUUUGAAGAUGGAAGUGUGGGUGUCCUAACUGCUACCUCACUGCGGUUACGGUGUCGAAUUAACCCUGCAUCAUACCUUCCUGCCAAUCCAAGUUUGAGGGUCUAUCCACUUGUCAUUGCGGCACAUCCAUCUGAACCAACUCAGUUCGCAUUAGGAUUAACUGAUGGUGGAGUUCAUAUACUCGAGCCCCUGGAAUCAGAAGGACAAUGGGGUACGUUACCUCCAGAAAAUCAUGUCGGACCUAGUACCAUAUCUUAUACAAAUAAUUUGGAUCAGUACCAACAGUAGCUGUUUGCAGAACAAGGUUGAUGUUCACAACUGAGCUAUGAGCGUAUGCAGUCUUAAUGUGGUCUGCACUUUGCACCUACCAUUAUUUUACCCCUACGGGAAGCUGCUAACUCAGGUUCUGUAGUGUAGAAACAUGCAAGCAGACUUGUAAAGUUAGUUUAGUUGCAACCUUAAGUGGUAAGAGCAAAAAGAAUGUUGCUGUUUUCUUUCAUAAGGAUCGUUAGACGUUCAGUUUGGUUUACAUUUUGAGGAGGUUUUUUCUUGACUUUGAAACUUUUUGUUUGCGUUAUCAAUUCAUUUACCUCCAAAGCUUUAUGUUUUU